ACCUCCUCCCCCAUGCGACUCCUCGCCCACCUCCUCCCCUCUCCCGCCUCCUCACGCGCACAUCCCGACCCCACCAUCGACGUAUGGGAGAUCGCGGUCUGGGAUCCUCUUCCGUUGGCACUGGAGGUGUAUACCUUAUUUUCGCCGGGGCACGCGGUGGUGUAUUGGAUGUUAUUGCCGGUAGGGGGGGGAGAUAGGGCGAGUCUUACGGUUGUGACGGCGUUGGUGUUGCAGGGGUUGUUGAGUCUGCAGAUGGGGGUGUUGGUGAGGGGGUUUCAGCAGAAGGAGAGGGAUGGGAGGGUGAUUCAGAAGGAGGUGUUGAAUGAAUAUGAUACGAAAUUCGUGCAUCCCACUCUUCACCCCGUGGUGCGAGAUGUGGGGACACAGAUUUCGACUUCUACCUCUCCUCCUCCCACCACCAUAUCCACGGGUACGGGCCCUGGAACUGGUGGGGAAGAAGCAGAAUUCGACCCCGACGCAUCAACGAUCUCUAUCACAGCAGAGGAGGUCACCACACACGCCCCAACAACCACCCUCCGCCGCGGCUUCAGGAUAAACCCCAACCCCAACUACGCCGCGCACAUAAGCCCACACGCGCCCUCUGCGGUACCGAAUCGCAAUUCUCUCCCCCGUUCGAUCCCCCCCUUUGGGACGCCGCAGACGCCGAUGACGCCGGUGGGGCAGAUGGGGUAUCAGACCCAACCUACCUCGUCCCAGCAGCAGGUGUAUCAACAACCGCAGUUCCAGCAGCAGCAGCAACCGCAAUUUCAGCACCACGAAAGCACGCCGCUACGUACGCCAAGUAUGAAACAGAGGAAGCCGCAGUACCGCGCCAGUAUGGGGGGACGAAUCGGUUCUGAAGGCCCCACGGGUUCUGGUGGAGAGGAUGGAAUACUCCGCCGCGCCGUCGCAAGAGCCACUUCCAGCGGCCUCAGCAGGACCAAUUCCGGCUCGGGCGAUGAGGCGCGGGGGAGGAGUCGGGUCUCAGAAGUAGGUGCGAGACGCCCCGCCGGAAGCAGCGGGGAUGGAGGGAGUCUGGGUGUAUAUAGUCAUGCGCAUAGCCCGCUCAAGAAAGCGAGUAGUAUGUAUGAUAUCGCCCGCACGAGGGAGGAUGCGCCGAGGAAUGGGGCGCGGGCGGCCGCGAGGGAGGUUGCUGAGGAGAGGGAGAGGGUUAGGCGGAGGGGUGUUUAGUAGAGUUGUGACGUUUAUGUGGGUGGG